CAGUCUCUCACCUUGCUCAGCUUUAGCAUGGCGUGGACGUGAGACGGAACCCAAAUCCAACGUUUUCUUCUGACGCCUCGGAGUUUACGUCUUGGGACACAGAGAAACCUCGGAAUUGCAAUCAAAUUACUGCGUUUUCGCCUCUUUUUUUUACUUCUACCCCCUAUUUUCCAGUCGUUCCGCGGCGGAGGAGAAUUGUAUUGUAAGACCUCAGGUUUCUGCUUAUACUGCAGCAGGAUUUUCAAGUUUGUGUCCUGUUGGGCAAGGAGAUUAACGACUCGUAAAGUACGUGUUAAACCUUUGGUGAAGAAACAUUUUUUUGCGUGUUCUGUUCUCCUUUGUUUCCCCAUUCAACACGGACGCUCUUACAAUGGGCUUCGGACUAAGAGGAUUUAUGUUUUACCACUGGAUUCCGACGGUUUUACUCUGGAUUACUUUGGGAAUACCGAGCCGCUCGCGCGCCGCGUUCCUGGAGCCGCCCACCUCCGACAGCGUGAUCACCGCCCUGCAGGAGGAGGUGGCACGACUGCCCUGCCGGUUCGAGCCGGCCGCCGAAGAGGUGGUCCAGCACGUCACCUGGUUCAAAGAGGUCACCGACAAAGACGGCAAGACCACGCGGGAGCAGAUGAUCCUGGCGCACGUCUCGUACGGAGAGACGGAGUUUGACAACUUCAAGGGGAGGGUGGCUUUCGAGACCAAGACGCCGACCAGCGACGCCGCCCUCUUGAUAAAAUCGUCCCAGCUGAGCGACACUGGGGGGUAUGUGUGCCUGGUGGGCACGUUCCCCUCGGGCAGUUUCGAGAUCUCCAUGGAGCUGGUGGUGUGGAUCUCUCCCAUCUCCAGCCUGGACCCCGUUUCCCCUCCCCUGGUUGAAGGCCAGGGCUUCAACGUAGCGGCCAUUUGCAAGUCCUGGGGCUACCCCACGCCCACCAUCGCCUGGGAGACGGAGCUCAACGGCACGCCCCAGACCACCCCCAGCGAGGGAGGGAAAGUGUCCAGCAAAUACUCCCUGCAUCCCGUGCGGGCCCUGAACGGGAAGAAACUGGACUGCGUGAUCACCCACCCCAGCUUCAGCCAGCCCAGGAGGCUCUCGCACAGGCUGGUCGUCCACUAUCCUCCUGACGUGUCGGUGAAGGGCUACGAUGACAACUGGUACAAGGGUCUGGAGGGCGCGAGACUGACGUGCGCCGCGGGGGGAAACCCCCUUCCUCAGGAGUUCACAUGGAGCAGGAAGGGCGGGAGCCUCCCCGAGGGCGUGGCCUCCGAGAACAACUCGCUGGUCUUCCGGCGGCCGCUGGAGAGCGACGACGCCGGGGUCUACGUCUGCCAGGCCAGGAACAGGGUGGCGAAGGCGGAGGCGGAGCUGGAAAUCAGGGUGGAAGAGUCCCCCAGGUCGGCGGCGGCCUUCAGCAGCCUGGUGAUCGGGAUCGUGGCGGGAGUGGCGGGGGUGCUGCUGGUCACCAUGGUGAUCGCGGUGGUGCUGGUCAACCGGUACUACAAGCGCAAGAACAAGAAGCUGGAGACGGAGCUGAACGUGAAAACGGAAGAGAUCAAUACCCUGUCAAGACAGGCUUCGUUCCGCAGGCUGAACUCUGUCAACAUCGACCCCAGGACACAGACAGAAGAAAACAUCCCCCUCAGGACUGAAGGCACGAUGCGAAACAGCCUGUCUUCUCUCGGGGACCGUGGCUCGAAAAGAGGAGGGUGGCCUGUGGAGAUCCCCGGCGAGGGCAACUACACGCUGUCUUCAACGGGAGAGGCCGUGGAUCACCCCCCCAGGUCCCGGGACAGCCGCUCCACCAUGUCCGCGGGACGAGGCAGCGCGGACUAUUUUACCCGCGGGCACUCCAGCCCCUUCAGGCGCAGCGAACGGGGACGGGGAGACCCCGAGGAGGACAGGGAUGGCGACAGGGAGCUGGAGGAGAACAGCCUGAACUCCCGGCUCAGGGUAGAGUCCUUCGUGAGGAACAGCAACAGGUCUCUGGAGUCGCAGCUCCACCCUCCUCUCCACCCCUCCCUCCUCGCCGUGGAGCGCUGCGAGCAGGUGAAGCCCCUGAACGGCACCCUGUUGUCCCGGGGCGGCAGCAGCCCCGACCACGGCCUCCCGUACGACGACAUGAGCGAGGAGGGCGAGCUCGACAAGGACAGCGAGACGGCCAGCUCCCUGCUCUCCGACGCCAUGACCAACCACUUCCAGAUCACCAACGGCACGUUGAAACCCAAGCCCAACUCCAACGGCAUCCUCAUCCACCCCAAGGGGCAGAUGGUGUGAAGGUGGAGCGGGAGGAAAGGAACACUGUCCUUUCUGGAGCGCCCCCUACGAGGCUCGGCGGUGGAACUGCAGGGUUUUUAUAAUGUGUAAAUAAUAUGACCUAUAUGGGAGAGGGAGAAACUGACAAUAAAGUGCUGCAAAAGACAGAACAACGAUGGAGACAAUCCAAGGAACUUCUAAAAGGAGAGAAUAAGGGAAAUUUCUUACCACAUAAGCUGUCAUACUGCAGUAUUGCCUGUUGAAACGGCACUAGGCUCUCGUCUAACCCUGUUGAAGGGGAGUUCCCUUCUAGAAAACUCUUGUCACUCCUCCCCCAGGACCUUGCAUGACUGUCAAGGCAACACAGAGAGGCUGUGCUUUGGUGUGAAAAAUCAAAUCCCGCACCACAUUCCACCCCUGUAAAUGCACGGGAACGGUUAUAUCCAGGACCAGUGUUCCUUCGGCAUGGCCUUUCCCCCAAAUCAAGAUGCAGCACCGACUCAGGGAUCUGUAUCCCUUCUCAGCCCAGACACUGGAAAGGAGGGGAUUACGGUUGUCAUCCUCUCUGGGAUCGAGAGAGGCAUCUAAAGGAGAUGCACAGUGAAGGCGGCACAGCAACCGAGGAGAGUCCCUUCCCCAGUGAGCGGAUUGAGAAAGAUCUAAUGGACGAUGUGGAUUUGAACCCGUACACCCGGUUGUCUCAGCCAGCCAGCGCCUCUUUGUUCCGAAAUGGACUUCCUUUCAGAAUCUGGGAGGGAACCCACAUACACUGGAGUGCAUCCCGUUCUUGAACAAAUGCUGGAAGAGGAUUUUUUUCUUCAUCACUAGCUUUUUGCAUCUUAAGGAAUUUCAGUGGAUUCCCAAUUCCUGUGUUGUUUUUUAAAGAAAGCCCUAUCAUGGUCAAACCUGGACCUGGAUCGGAUACUUUCGUCGUAUCGCUGUCGUUAUGCUACCCACCACCCAGUGCCUGUUCGUCUACUUUUUCCUCAGUGAAAGAACACUGUUUAUUGUUGGCAACAUAUUAGAGAAAGGACUCUUAAUGUUUAAAUACGGCAUCCUAUAUCUACUGUUUGAACUUGAAUAGCUCAUUUGCAGUUUUGAGGGGGGGAAAUGGUUCUUUGCAGAUUAAAAUAUAUUAUUAAGCUGUGAAGUCUUAGAUGCGAACAUUUUGUGUGCCCUUAACGUAUAGUUUGCAUCAGGCACCAACAACGCAAUGUGUUCGGUGAUUAGAAAUGUAUUUAUUGUGUUUCUGAUGGUCACUUUUCACUUCCACGCAAGACAUUAUAAAGACGUGGCUUUAACAUUUGAUAACAGAAUGAUCACAGAUACUUCAACACUCCCAGUUAAACUGAAAGAUCUGUCAAAAUAUAUUAUAAAAUACACGACUAGAUCGAGUCUUAGUACCUGAAAAUGUGACAUCAAUUUUUAAGGAAUUGUAACUUGAAUCGGAGUAGUAGGAAAUCCGAUGUCAAACCACUUUUAACUUUCACGCUGCUUGGCUUCUGAUGAUGUCACCAGGGGACGGAACAAACGUAGCCAAUCAAACACCGGAAGCAAGUCAUGUGAUCGCAGAAAAUGAGGGGCUAAGUGCCGCAGUUCAGGACCAAGUCCGUUGAGUUGUGAGCGAUGUUCUGUGUUAGUCGCAGCUUGCGAUCAAUUCAGUGUUCAAGAAUAUUAAGCUGCAACGUCUUUCCCCAACAUCUAACAUAGCUGUUCACAGCAUGCAUUCACAUGCAUCUGACAACACUAGAGUACUAUUUGGAGCCAACGAUACCUGUACAAAUAUAGUAUUUAAUUCUUCCCGUCUAAGCCGAGCUGUUCAUGUGGGGUUUAUGGUGACGUGUGUUUUAUAAAUAGUAACCUGUUGUUUUUUGUCUCAGUAACAAAGUAAGAAAGAUAAAGGUUUUUGUUUUAUGUGUCUGCACGUCUCCCCCAGCAUUGUUGUACGGACAAUGGCAGCAUUCAGAUGUUAAACUAUUCGAAGGUUCACUUCCGAGCUCAUUGCGUCCUGUCUAGUUAGGUGCGGCGGAAGAACGGGCGUGUGCCAAGUUUAAUCACCAGGCUGUGCAAUGGCGGUUUACUGUUUAUCUUUAAUAACCUAUUUAUCUUGCCUUCCACCGUUGUAGUAAUGGUCUGCCGUAGGGCAACUGCAGAGCCCCGGGCUUCCACAAGGUGGCGCAGUCUUCCAAAACUAUGACCAAUGAUCAAGCGGCCUCAAGUUCCCAGCAACUCACGUUACUCUUGGUUUUACAGUGCUGUUGAUAUGCCGAAUGGGUCGGGGACGAGUAUACUGAUGUAAAAAGAACGAGGAACUUUUUUUUCGGCUUUUAUUUUUUUUUGUACAUUCCUGCCUGACUCGUCUCUGUACAUAGAUUGUUCUUUUUCUACAGCAGAAUUAAUUUCUACGAGCAGGUCCUAUACAUAUUGUACUAUAAGUUGUGCGUUGAAAAAAAAAUGGAUGUUAUUUUAAAAUAAAGAAGAGAAACAAACACAGGA